AUGCCUCUUCGCAGCACCGCAUCGCUCCAGAGAUCAGCUCGCCUCCAUCUCGCGACGGCUGUCCGUCGGUGGCCGACUGGCCCUACAGCACUCAAUCCCGUCCGGUCCUUCUCAAAAACCGCACUCCGAAGCAAAACAUGGGGUUUCAUCGGACUCGGGCAGAUGGGAUACAAUAUGGCGAGAAACCUCCGAACCAAGAUCCCAGUCUCCGACACAUUAAUGAUUCGCGACGUCAAUGAGGCUGCGGUGGAGAGAUUCGUCGGCGAGGCGCGUGAGAUGGGUGGACAAGUGGAGGUUGCCCGCAACGCACGAGAAGUCGCUGAGAAGUCGACUGUCGUGAUCACCAGCCUUCCCCAGCCGCAGCACGUUAUCGAUGUCUACCACUCCAUUCUGCACGGUGGAAAGCUACCCGAACUCGGUGAAGAGCGGCUAUUCAUCGACACGUCCACCAUUGACCCGGUCACCUCGAAAGAUGUCGCCAAGGCCAUCCAUACUUCUCAGACUGGCCACUUCGUGGAUGCUCCUGUUUCCGGCGGCGUUGUUGGCGCCCGUGCAGGAACACUGUCGUUCAUGUUCGGUGCUUCGGCGCAGGCCGAGCAUUUGCUAGAGCAAAUUCAAGGUAUUCUUGCCCUCAUGGGUAAGAAGGCCUGGCAUUUGGGUGAGCCGGGAGCUGGAGUGUCUGGCAAAUUGGCCAACAACUACAUGCUUGCCAUCAACAACAUCGCUACUGCAGAGGCCAUGAACCUGGGUAUCCGAUGGGGCCUCGACCCUAAGAAUCUUGCCGACAUGAUCAACUCUUCCACUGGCCGAUGCUGGCCUUCUGAGGUUAAUAACCCCGUGCCGGGGGUUGUCGAGACGGCUCCUGCGUCUCGUGGAUAUGAAGGUGGAUUUGGAAUAGGCUUGAUGAACAAGGAUUUGCGUCUGGCUCUUGCGGCGGCUCAGAGCUCGGAUACUCCCUUGGCACUGGGAGAGUCCGCUCGAGAGGUAUACAAUGCCGUGGAAGAAGCUUACCGUGGCAAGGACUUCUCUGUAGUUUAUCAGUGGCUGAAGAAUAAGUCCAAAGCUGCGUGA